UCUCCGUCAAGCCCCAAAAAGUCUCUUUCCGUUGAUAUACUCAACAUGCGUCCCCUGUUCCCCAGCAGAGUUAGCUCGCUGACAGCUGUUUCCCGUGUGGUGUAGCCGCCAAACUGCUUGAUCUACCCAUCAUAUACUACCCCUCCUCUCCCUCCCUCAUCACCACCACCAUGUCAACCUCCAAUUCGAUCAAGCAAGCCGCGGAAGCUGCACGCAACAAGACCUCUGAAGCCAUGAACGCUACGAAGCAGCUGGCAGAGACUGCCAAAGCAGACCCCAUAGCUGCGAAGAACGAUCUCCUCCAUACACCGUUUAUGCGGGCUGCUCUGCCAUUUAUCAAUGGUGGUACGGCUGGUAUGGUCGCAACAACCGUUAUCCAACCGAUCGAUAUGAUCAAGGUACGAUUGCAACUCGCUGGAGAGGGUGCCAAGACCGGUCCCAAACCAACGCCAUUGUCCAUAACAAGAGAGAUCAUUGCCGCAGGCAAAGUCAUGGAUCUAUACACCGGGCUUUCAGCUGGGUUGUUGAGACAAGCAGUCUACACAACUGCUCGUCUUGGUUUCUUCGACACCUUCAUGAAGGCAUUGACCACAAGGGCGCAAGCCAAGGGAGAGAAAAUCGGGUUUGCCGAGCGUGCGGGAGCCGGUUUAACAGCUGGUGGUCUCGCAGCAAUGAUUGGAAAUCCUGCAGACCUUGCCCUGAUUCGCAUGCAAUCAGACGGCUUAAAACCCGCCGCCCAGCGAAACAAUUAUAAAUCCGUCUUUGCUGCCCUUAGCCAUAUCGCGAAAUCAGAAGGUGUUGGAGCUCUGUGGGCCGGCGCUACACCAACAGUCGUCCGAGCUAUGGCACUGAACUUUGGGCAAUUGGCUUUCUUCUCGGAGGCAAAGCAACAACUGAAGGACACCAGUCUGAGUCCGAGAGCACAAACUUUGACAGCGAGUGCAGUUGCUGGGUUCUUUGCCAGUUUCUUCAGCUUGCCAUUUGACUUUGUCAAGACGAGACUGCAAAAACAAUCGCGGAGACCGGAUGGAACAUUGCCAUACAAGAGCAUGAUGGAUUGCUUUGCCAAGGUUGCCAAAGAAGAAGGAAUGUUGAGAUUUUAUAGAGGUUUCAGCACAUAUUAUGUUAGAAUCGCGCCGCAUGCGAUGGUAACUUUGAUCGUUGCCGAUUAUCUCGGCUUCAUUACGAAGUAAGAAAGAUCUGGACUGGGAAAUUGAAUAUAUAACAUGGUUCGUCGAGCUUCGAGUGUUGGAAAGGAAUAUCACGGAACGGAGUUGUUGGAGUCUUUUGCUUCGGUCGAUAGUUUUAGUCGGCCAAGAUCCCUUUCGUUCGAGUCGUAUAUAUCCCACAAUACA